AUGGCUAACACCAAUGAAAGAGACAGCUACAAUGUUAAACCUCCAGUGUUCGAUGGAGAGAUGUUUGAUUAUUGGAAAGACAAAAUCGAAAGUUUCUUCCUGGCUUAUGACGCUGAUUUAUUGGACAUAAUUACAAUUGGCUAUGAACCACCUAUAUCUGAUGUUGGUAUUGCUAUUGCAAUAAAUAAAAUAACUGAUGAUCAGAAGCAUUAUGCUGGAGAUAGAUUGGAACAAAAGAGUACGUAUGGAAACUGUCAAUUUCUAGGAGGAAACCUUAUCUCUUGGGCUAGCAAAAGACAGUUAACCAUAUCACUCUCUACUGCGGAAGCAGAAUAUAUUUCAGUCUCAUUAUGCACUACUCAGAUGCUCUGGAUGAAGAAUCAACUAGAAGACCUUCAGAAUAUGAGAGUAAAAUUCCUAUCUUUGGUGACAACACUAGUGACAUAUGUCUAA